CCGACGAGCGAGCGCACAACUUGAGAGCUACAAUGCUGGGGAAGAAGGCGCUGGAGGGCAUCGCCGCCUACAAAUACAAGGCGGGCUCGUACACGUACCUGGACAAUGUGUUGAACUACUUCUGGACGUACUCGGUACAGUUGCUGCCCGUCUGGAUGGCGCCCAACCUCGUGACCAUGAUCGGCACGGUCGUCAUGAUGUUCACGACGGUGGUGCAGCUCUACUACGCGCCGCACUUCUCGGAGAUCUGCCCUACCUGGGUCUACAUCUUGUCGGCGCUGGGUCUGUUCUUCUACCAGACGAUGGACGCGCUGGACGGCAAGCAGGCCCGCCGCACGGGGGCUUCGUCCCCGCUGGGCCAACUGUUCGAUCACGGGUGUGACGCGGUGUGCACUGUCUUCAACGUGCUGAGCGCUGCUGCCACGUGCCAGGUGGGCGUUGGCCUGCGUCCGUACAUUGCGCUGUCGUCGGUGUCCAUCGCGUUCUACCUGGCGCAGUGGGAGGAGUACCACACGGGCGUCAUGAGCUGCGGCAACGGCUUCUACGGCGUCACGGAGGGCCAGCUCACUUUGGUGGCAGUCCACUUGGCGGCCGCGUUCUUUGGCGCGGGCUUCUGGACGGCGGAUCUCCCAUUUGAAACGCCGUUCUCACUGACCAUGACGGACGUGCUCAUUGGUGCGCUUGUGGCGAGUAACGUGUUGCUGGCGUACGGCAACAUCUCCAACGUGCUGCGCGCGGCUCCCGACGCCAUCCCGCGUGACGAACUGGGCAAUAAGCAGAUCUCGAAGCCGCUUGCGCUGUUCCAGCUGAUCCCCAUCGGUAUCUUACUGGUGCUGGGAUCGCUUUGGAUCUGCGGCCCUGAUGCUGCGAACUACGAAAAGUACCCGGUCCUGUUCCUCUUCCCAAUUGGCAUCGGCUACGUGUUCUUCUCGGUACGUGAUUGCAACGGUUGCCUCUUUUUGUAAGGUUUUCUCACUGUUUGUGGUGUGCUAUUGUAGACGCGAAUGAUCGUUAGCCACAUGUGCAAGGUCCCGUUCACCCCGCAGCUACGUGUCAUUAUCCCGUUCGGCUUCGUGAUCUUCAAUGCGUACGGACCCGCCGUGGGACUGCUUUCAAAACCACUGAUUCCGACGAUUUUGGCGUCGUCGCUGUACGUGGUCUUCAUCGUGCUGGUGUACCUGCACUUUGUUUCCGGCGUCGUGAAGGACAUCUGCGACUUCCUGAACAUCUUCCUUUUCAAGAUCAAGCCGGUGACGACGGACUCGGAGAAGACCAAGUAGAGUUAUGCCAUGGGGGCCCAAGCAAGGGUACUACGCGUGGGAGGAGAUUGAGGGGAGGAUACAUGAGUAAGGUGACUGACAGCAUUAGUUAGAAACACGCGAAUGUGUCUACCAGCUACUGUUUGGCCAUGAGUGGCGGCAUCCGUGCCAGGCCGAUUUCCAUUCUAGAAAUCCCAAUUCCAGUCGUCCGCCUUGGCACCAGCCGUUGAUGACAGCUUCAUCGCACCUAGGGGCU